ACCUUCUACCCCCUCCCCGUUCCGCUGCGCGCGCGCGCGCCCUGUCCCUCUAGCUGCUGCUUCCAAGUCACGCCUCUCACCACCUCCUCCUCCCUCUCUCUUUCCCACCCUCCUCCUCCUCCUCCUCUUACGAGCGCCAAAGGCUACCCCAACGGACUACGGAAGGAACGUGCCCGCGAGUGCUUCAGGGCGCACGCGCGCAGAGGAGAGCGAGAGCAGCCGGGUUGGAGGAGGCGUGCCUGGCUCCGUCAUCGACGAUGAGAGGAGGAGCCACGCUUCUCCCCUCAGCCGGCCGGACCGGUGGUCGCGCGGUGUUGGGUGUCGGUUGCUCUGGCUCCUCCCACACCCGUUGGGUCUCUCGAUCUCCCCAACUGACACAGUUGAGUCUCGUUUUCCCUUCAAGGCAGUUUUCUGCUGAGGGGGAGAGCUGCAUAAAACGCGCUCUUUGCUUCGAUGUCAAAGACCAACGACCUCCCCUCACGACCCGCCAAAAACGUCCUUGCUCGGGGUUUUCUCCCUAGUUCACCUUGAACCGCUUCCCACCUGAGAACCUCGCAGGGGCAAACGCGCAAAAUGAGGAAGAAACACAGCGACAGAGGCAAAAACGUCGAAGAAGCGGAGCCCGAAGUUUUUGUUGUGGAGAAAGUCGUGGGUCGACGGGUAGCGAACGGAAAGGUUGAAUACUUCUUGAAAUGGAAGGGAUUCGCUGAUGCUGAUAAUACCUGGGAACCUGAAGAGAAUUUGAACUGCCCGGAGUUAAUACAAGCUUUUCUGAACUCUGCGAAAGCUGGGGAAGAGAAGGCAGAGGGCGCCAAAAGGAAAGCUCUGCCAGACGGUGAAUCUGAGGGUAGUCAACCAAAGGAGAAGCAAGACUGCACUGAUCAACCAAGAGGAUUUGCGAGAGGUCUUGAUCCUGAGCGAAUCGUUGGAGCCACAGACAGUGGCGGGGAGCUAAUGUUUCGUAUGAAGUGGAAGGGCUCAGGUGAAGCGGACUUAGUGCUGGCCAAAGAAGCUAAUGUGAAAUGUCCCCAAAUUGUCAUUGCGUUUUAUGAAGAGAGGCUAACUUGGCACUGAUGCCGAAGACAUUAGGCACAAGAAUUGUUUUGCUUUUUUUUAAUUAACGUAUGUUUUUUUAAAAAUGUCAACACUUGUUUGGUUUUGACUUAGCAGAAAAGUGGAAAAUGUCUACAUUCUAAAGAUUAAUUUGGUUGUUUUUGAAGUCAUGUGUUUUGCAUGAACUUUAUAAAGCAUUUUAGCUAAUAUGUGGGAAGCAGCAUCAAAUGCUCUCCCAUAAUGUGGUUAAGUUAUUCUUAAUGGCAGGUUGAACAAACUCAACAGGUGUUUUUGUAGUUCUCUAUUUUGAUUGACACGGAUGCAUCUUUUUCCCAACGUAGUCCUUCAUCAGUACAAGUGGAGGUACACUUUUUUAAGAGCACUGACGUUCAGGAUUGCACAGUAAAUCUAUAAGGCCAGGUUUUUAAAAGUAUUUGUGGCUACUUGGUUCUGAGAGGACCAGGUAAAAACUUUGUCGUAAGUUGAAGGUGCAGACUGUAUAUUGUUUAUUUUAUCAUAAAUACUGGUGAAUUGUGAUCAAUACAAUACUUUUAUCUUCUUGUUCCCUCUUCACCAAAAAUAAAAAGGAAGAGUUCUAUAAAGCUCAAAA